GAGAAAAAUCCAUUUGAUAUGUUAAUAUAUGUAUGAUGAGGCAGGAAGUUGAAAGGGCAGUAGAGAAAUUGGAAGAUGUAAAGGGCGUUCCAGAACCAACAGGUUCAACCUUAAUUGAAGGCCGUUGGCAGUUAAUGUUCACAACACGGCCACCAACAGCUUCUCCCAUUCAGAGAAGCUUUGUGGGGGUUGAUUCGUUCAGUGUAUUUCAGGAGAUAUAUCUUCAAACCGACGAUCCACGUGUCUCCAAUAUUAUAAAUUUUUCUGAUACAAUUGGCGACUUGAAAGUAGAGGCAUCAGCUUCAGCCAAAGAUGGGAAACGGAUCCUCUUCCAGUUUGACAGAGCUGCCUUUUCCUUUAAAUUUCUUCCCUUCAAAGUCCCCUACCCUGUACCGUUUAGACUUCUUGGAGAUGAAGCAAAGGGCUGGUUGGAUACCACUUACUUGUCCCAAUCAGGAAAUAUCCGUAUAUCACGUGGGAACAAGGGAACAACGUUUGUGCUGCAAAAACAAACUGAAGAAAGACAGAGGUUGUUAUCAGCCAUUUCAAGGGGUGGUCCACAAGUGAGACAGGCCAUUGAUAAGUUUGUCACUGUAAAUCAAAGCACUACUAAAGGUGAAUUUGAACUUCUUGAAGGCGAGUGGCUGAUGAUAUGGAGUUCACAGGAAGUAACCGAGAGUUGGAUAGAGAAUGCUUCAAAAGGUUUGAUGGGCAAGCAGAUCAUCAAGCCAAAUGGUCAGAUGAAAUUUCUGGUUGAUAUUCUGUUUGGUCUCAGAUUUUCAAUGACCGGAAAAUACGUGAAAUCCGGGUUCAACGCGUAUGAUGUGGUGAUGGAUGAUGCAGCAAUAGUGGCUGGUCCGUAUGGGAUACCGGCAGAAAUGGAAACCAAGUACACGCUUCAACUUCUAUAUGGUGAUGAAAAGAUCAGAAUUAGUCGCGGCUACGCUGACAUUCUUUUCGUGCACAUCCGCCUUCACAAAUAGAGCAUCAGAUUAUAAGAAUCACAAAAAAGAGUCAUGCGUUGUUGUUCUUGAAUUGCGAAACAACUGUAAUAAGCCCUAUAGCUUUUUAUCAGCACCUUUAAACGAGCCAUAAUUGAGUUUAUUAAUAUUUGGCUCUAA